ACAGCUCACCUUUUUCUCCUCUGCAGCCCACGCCUCCCGAUAAAUUCGCAACCCAGUCCCCCCCGUCGCUCUCAUUCCUCUCGGCCACAACACUGCGCGCUCCGCAGACGCCCACCAAGCUUCCGCUAUUCGCCAAAAGGUCCCCUUCUGCCCUCCGCCCUAUCUAUCCAUGGAAAGGCGGCACGGCUUCUUCGCGGCGCUGCGGGAGGAGGUGGCGCGCGGGCUGUCGCCGGCGCGGGCGCGCCGCAAGCCGGACGCCACGGACCUGGCCGCCGCGCUCAGCUUCACCGGAGUGGCAGGCGCCGGCGAGAUGCUGGCGCCGCUCAUGGAGGGGCCCGAUCCGGAGCCCAGCGACGACGGGGACGGCAGCGGCCGCCGAGGUGCCGCGCGCGGGAGGAAGGAAGGCUGGGGCCACUGGGUGCGCGUGCAGUUCGCGCGGGCCCCGUCCUCGGCGGUCGCGCUGCGCAGCGACAUCAGGAUGCUCCUCGGCGUUAUGGCUGCGCCGCUCGCGCCGGUCCGCGUCUGCGCCGCCGAGCCACUCCCGCACCUCAGCGUCAAGGACACUCCCAUCGAAACCUCGUCCGCGCAGUACAUCCUGCAGCAGUACCUCGCGGCUUCCGGAGGGCACAAGCUCCUGGCCUCCCUGCGCAGCACCUACGCCAUGGGCAAGGUACGCAUGGUGGCCACCGAGUUCGAGACCGCCGGCCGUCUCACUAAGAACCGCAGCGCUGGACGCGGCGGCGAGCCUGGCCGCUUCGUGCUGUGGCAGAUGGCCCCUGAGAUGUGGUACAUCGAGCUGGCUGUCCGCGGGAGCAAGGUGCACGCGGGAUGCAACGGCAAGCUCGUGUGGCGGCACACACCAUGGCUCGGUGCCCAUUCUGCCAAGGGCCCUGUUCGUCCGCUUCGCCGUGCCCUUCAGGGCCUGGAUCCGCUGACGGCGGCAAGCAUGUUUGCUCGUGCGCGGUGCAUCGGCGAGAGGAAGGUGAACGGGGAGGAUUGCUUCAUCCUGAAGCUGAGCACGGAUCCUGAGAUCCUCAAGGCACGCAGCGAGGGCCAUGCAGAGAUUAUCAGGCACGUCACGUUCGGGUACUUCAGCCAGAGGACUGGUCUUCUUGUCCACAUUGAGGAUUCACAUCUGACCCGAAUUCAGUCGGCCGCGGGAGGGGACGCGGUCUACUGGGAGACCACCAUCAGCUCGUCCAUGGAGGACUACCGCCCAGUGGACGGUAUAGUGGUGGCGCAUUCUGGGCGCUCGGCCGUGACCCUGUUCCGGUUUGGUGAGGUUGCCAUGAGCCACACCAAGACCCGGAUGGAGGAGGUGUGGAGCAUUGAAGAGGUAGCAUUCAACGUUCCUGGGCUGUCCAUGGACUGUUUCAUCCCGCCCACCGACAUCAAGUCUGGAUCUGUUGGCGAGGCCAUGGAGCUUGCUCAUGGCGAGAGAAGCCGGGCCGGUCCUCCUCCCCCUCCCCCAGGCUGCCGCGCUAAAGUUGCCGCGCUGGGGAAGGCAGAAGAAGGUAAAGUGGCAUGGGGCGGUGGAACCGUACUCGAGAAUCAAAACUGAUCCGCAGACUGUCCAUAAACUUGGUUCUCACAGCCGCGCGGCUGCUGACCCUGUUUGGAGUCUAGUGUAGGAGAGAAACAAACGAGUGAAGGCUGAGAGAGGAUUUGGAAGUUUGGUAAAUCCAAAUGCCUCCUCUGUAUAGGAAGAAGCAUGGGGGCAUUCACAUGGUCUUGCAUAUGAUUGAAGCGGAUCUGUGUGAAACAUCCUCUCUCUCUCUCUCUCUCUGAUCCCAUCCAGAGAGACAUGGUAUGGUAGUAGGUAGGUAGCCUUGUUUCCUGCUUCAGGCUUUUCUUUCUUCUUUGUCUGUUCCUAGUGAAAGGAAACUUAGGGCAUGUUUCUGCACUCCAGCCGCAUGAGAAAGUCGUUGUGGUUGGUUCUCUUUUAGCUUAUACUCCUAAUUUGGUCGCUGCCACCAGCGAGGAAGAAGGGUUUCCUCACCAGCAAGGCAGGUGUUUUGGCCGUCAUGGCUGGGCAUCCGAUUGGCGGCGUUCAGUGUGUUUGGCUUGCUGACGGAUUGAGCCGAAGCUAACCUCUCAGUGAAGAGAGAGAGAGAGAGAGAGAGAGAGAGAGAGAGAGAGAGAGAGAGAGAGAGAGAGAGUAGAACAUCUGAAUGGUUUUUACUUGUGUUUUAGUACUGGGUAGAACCUGUUAGAUGUUUGUUAGUAAUUAGCAGUGUUUUUAUUUAGCAAGUUGUUUUUUUUGUUCCUGAACCUCCUUUGCAUCUCUCUAUAUUUUAAUCAUGAGAUGAAGGAUGUACUGUUAUUAAACAGAUGGUGGAUGUAAUCUAAUCCAAGACAUCUUUUUUGAGCGUCA